AUGUGCCGCCAGGCGGGCUGCGGGCAGUGCGUGUCCGAGGAGCACCAGGGCAUCUUCCACUCCGUCAACCUCAUCGACACGGUGUACCAGGAGGAGAAGUUGACCUUCUUCAGUAGCCUGAAAAAACUGAGAAUAAUCAAUGAGAAGCUGACAAAUGAAAUUUCAAGUCAUCCAAAUGACACAGAUGUAAUGCUAACCAAUGAAGCAGAGGUAAUUGCACUGGAAUUUGGAGAGAUUUUCAAGACUCUGGAAACAAAGAAAAAGCAAUUACUGGAAGAUGUUGAAAGCCAAAGAAGUAAAAAAGAGAAAGAAUUUCAGAUUUGGAAGAAAAUGAAGGAGACUCACAAGAAAACCAUUGAGAAUUUUUUKAAGGAUUGUGAGAAGCUUGUUCAUGAAUGUGACCCUCAGUGUUUCCUGGAGGUGGCCUGUGGCUUGAAUACAAGAAUGAAAACUCAGCUUGACCUGAUGAAUAUAGCAUCCAGCUAUGAGAAACCACCACAGUAUGUCCAAAAGAAAAUGGAUAUCCAGCCUGUGGUCAAUGAAAUCUUGGCCUUGAAGUUAAUACCAGUUAAUGUAGGUGCAGUUAAAGGAAAUGAGAAUUCAGCCAGCAAUACUGUAUUUAAAAGUAACAUCAAGCAAUGGAAAGACCAGAAAAGCACCCCCAGCACCUUUCGUCCAGUAGCAGGACAGGAGGAAGCGCUCGCAGAUGGUGGUCGGAUCUGUACUCGUCUAAUGUCAAUAUCAGAAAUGUCAGCAUUUCAAAAUAUGAGCCAUGAGGAGCUACGUUACAAAUACUACAUGGAACAUCAGAAGGUACCUCAUGAGCUCAAGACACAGACUCUUGCUGCAAAUAAAAUGUAUAAAUGUGGAACCACUGAGGCUUUGAAAAAUAAGUCCUCAGGAGUUCCUCUUGUAUCUUUGCCUUCUAAGGCAAAUAAUCCAGAGAGAAUAAAAAUGGGAAGCUUGCAAAGAACAGAUGGGCUUGAUGAGAUGAGCUUUGCCAGUCCUGGCAGUCACAGCAUUCCAUCCACGGACUUGAAUUCCUCCGAAACGCAUAGUGACUUCAAAGGUUUUCGUGAAAAAAGGUCCCAGGAAAUCAGCACACAGGCCUUAUCAGAGAGCUCUAAGGGCUUAGAAAUGAAGGAAAAAACGCCAAUGCAGUCGGCAGUUACGGUUUCCCAUGGAGUGGAUGCAAAUUCCAGCACUUCGUCUGCUUUAAAACAACCUGCAUCGGUACCUGCUGCUGUUCCAGGUUCAGCGUUUAAUUUAGAUACUGCUGCAGAGAGAGUUCCUGUCUCACCUUUUGCUUUUGGUGCAUGUAACAACUCCUUACCAAGAGAUAUUAAAGACACAGCUACAGUUUCCUUUACAAAGAAAGACAAUAAACCUAUUUUUCCUACAUUUUACCUAGGAAAAUGUGAUCCUGAGGAUAAAAUAGAUGACCAGGAUGAAGCCAGAUUUUCAAAACUUAGUUGGGUAAUGAGAACUACUGUUUCUGAUGCUUCAAUCAGUUCUAACUUAGGAUCCUCAGAAAGUGAGAAACCUUUUUUUUCAUUUGCCUUUGGCAGUGCAGGAAGAGAUGGUUUCACAGUACCUGGAGCCAGCAAUUCCUUUAAGGUUUUACCACUACCCUCUUUUCUUAACCAAGCGGAGAAGCCGUGUGACCACAAGGCAACAUCUUACCUGGGAGAAAACACUGUUUCUCCAAACCAAGCUGUGGAAAAGUCUAUGCCAAAUCCAGCUGCCUCCCAGGAGCAAGCUGCUAACACCUCGGAGUCUGACGCUGCUGUAGCUUCUAGUACUGCGGAAGCCGGUGCUGGAGCCAGGGAGACCAGUGCUCCUGAGACCCCCCUUCAUCACGGCAGUUACGUGUUCUCCUUUGCAAAAAACUGCCUGCAGCUGCCCUCGCCAGUGUUUUCCUUUGGAAGUGUUGUUAAGAAUACCCCUGAUUCAGGGACUUCCUCCUCGGUGCUUUUCUCUAGAAGUGGCACUAAAAAAAAUGAAAAAAAGAAAACUGAAUCUCCUGACAAAACGCUCUCAAAUGUAGGAAAGUCAGUGCCUGCAGAGCGUACAGAGCCUGCUUCUAAACAGAGUCACCCCAAAUGUGCAGAUUUUUUUUUUCCCACCACCUCACCUAGGAAGGUUGAAAAUGAAAAGGCAAAUGCUGACAGUAAUUCUUCUAGUCUGCCUUUGUGUUCCACUGCUGUUCCUGUUAAAGAAGAGACUGCCUCCUUCAUGCAGCUUACUACACCGCCAAAACAAGAAAUAAAAGGUGAAGAGGACAGAGUCGCUGCUGCAAGCUCCUGCUGCUGUGCCAGCAAGGAGGAAGGUGAGGCCGCGGCGCUUCCCAAGGAGGCUUGCCCUGUUCCUGUGCCGCGCGGCAGGGCGUUGGCGGGAGGCGCUGCGCUUCCCGUGCCUGAGGAGAGAGGGACAGCAAGCGAGACCGACUCGGACACCGAGGAGCUGAGCCAGGCAUCCACCUCGAGCGGUAACAGCAGUGCCUCGGAGUACUUCUCUGUGGCGGAAGACAAAAUAUCUGCUCGAGGGAAACCAGAGACGUGAACUGAGUGGAAUGGAAGCAGGAACUGUUUGUAUCAGCAUUGACUGCGUCCUGCGUUUCAAGCGUGGCAAGCUGUCAUCUGUACGUGCCUUGGUGACCGAGAUCGUAGCUCGGGGUGAAGGCUUUACAGGAGAAAGAAAAAUAAUAAGCAAGGCACUUAACUUACAAUAUAUUAUAGUAAAACUACAGAUGGCUGAGAGAGCAAUACAACUUUUAAUUUCUUGAUAUUUCACUCAUCAAACUAUUCACUUCUCAGUGGAGGUGAUGAAGUAGUUCAUAUAUAUGUUACUAAAAGUGAAAUAUUCUUACAUAUAUAUAUAUAUAAAAGAAAUAUUCCAUUCUUCAGCAUGUAAAUCACUGUUAUGAUACCCCAAACUAGUUUGUUUUUCACRCAAGAUGUUUUCCUAUGGAAAAGAAUUAGUAACAAAACUUGAAGCCCCUCUUGUGUUCUGAACAUAGAGGCACUUUUGCUUUGGGGGAGAUACAGAAGUCUGAGGUUAAGAGGCUAAUUGUGAAGCAUGGAACAAGUAUUUUAAAUAAUGCCAUGAUGGAUCAGCGCAAUUGUGAGAAUGAUCUGGCACUGAUAAACAAAACAAGGAAAAARUAAUCUAAAAGUACUUUUUUUUCAAUUUUGGUAUAUUUUCAUUUUGGAGAAAAGCAGAUCUGUACGUUCAAACAGAUGUUUAUAGUUUGAAAACUCAGAAAAUACUCUAAUUAGCUGCUGAAAUAAGCAUUCAAUGUCUUCCUUUAGUCCUGUAGCAAUGAUCUGUGUGUGUGAUGUUAGCCAAAAAUAUUAUUCCAUUUGUAUCGGGAAGGGCCUAAAUUAGGCUACUUCAGCUUCMGGUAGGGAAUGUAUGCAUAAGAUUUGCCUAUGUGUGCCAUGAUUGCCACUGUUAAAAAUAACCKUAGUAAAU